ACAUUUAACUUAUUGACCAUAAAAUAUUAAGUACUAAAAUAUAAAUCAUUUAAAACAUCGAAUAUGGAAAAUAAUAUUACAGUCAACGAUGUGGAUACAGAUUUUUUACCUCUAAUACAUGACAUUAUCAAAAGUAGUGAAAGAGAAAAUCACGAACCUCAAAAGUCAGCUCAAGAAAUAACUCAGAAAAUUCAAGAUCUGCAAAAAAAAAUUGACCAAGCACGAAGUCAGAUUCGUAAGCUACCUGGAGUUCAAUAUAACAGUGAACAGCAAUUGAAAGCUAUGGAUGAUCUCCGGCAGUCCUUACAAAUGAAAAGACAACUAUUACUAAAAUAUAGACACAUGUAUUCAUUUGAUGUACCAAAAUAUUAAAAAUUAAGUCAAUGCAGUGCAAAGUUAGUGCUAAAGAACUUUUGUAGCAUUUAGUUAUUAUUUUUGUUAGGUAUCUAUUUUAUA